AUGGAGAUUUCAAGAGGAUUUGGAGUUCUUGUGAUACUUGCAAUAUUGGUGUUGAUCCCAUGUUUGGUUCAUGGGAUCGAGGAAAGUGAUAAUUCUGCUCAGCUCAAUACUACUUUCAAUUCAAAGCUUUCACGUGAAAGCAACAGUAAUGUCGUUGAAGAUAUAAGACAAAGAAACACUAACUCAGCUAAAGGAGUUUUAACAGACAGCGGUAGUAAUAUGCACAAAGGUGGUACAAGUGGAGGGGGAGGAGGAGGUGGUGAUGGUAGUGGUGGAGGUGGAGGUGGAGGAGGUGGUAGUGGUAAUGGAGGAGGACGAGGAGGUGGUGGUGGAAAUGGAAAAAGUAAAGGGCACAAAAGAAAGAAGGGAAGAGGACAUGGUGGAGGAAGAGGGGGUGGUAAAGGAAGUGGCAGUGGUGGAGGAGGAGGUGGAGCUUUCACAAUCCGGUGA